UUUUUCUGCCGUGUGCUUUUUUCUGUGUCCCGCCGGGAGAAUAAUUGUGUGAUAGUGUAAAGUGGAGUGUUUGAUAAAAAUUGAGCAGCAUUGCAAGUGUUGGGGCCACUCUGAGUCAAGAGUCAGCUGACGACGCAGCGCCUGAGAGACGGAGAGUGAGAAAGUGGGGAUAAGAGCGGUGUGUAGAGUCAGCGGAACUCUUCUCCACUUCAUUUUUCCCAAAGGCACUCUUUCGAUUGGAUGCCCAGAACUUCCGAAACACCGGCUAGACAUUCUGCGUCUUCUCUGCCUCAGCAUCCAAACGAUCGUGCGCACGCAUGAUCACGAGACGCAGAUAUUUCCUAAACUGACUGUUUUCUGUGUGAAUAUAUUUCGAGAGAGUGCUUAUCAAAAUCUCUGUGAAGGAAGUUUUCCAGUGUGUAUUAUGUGCUGGAGUGUUUCACGAGUGUGACUUAAUCGGCUACCGAUCACUUUAUCGCCUCCAGUUUGUUGAAUUGUGCUGAACAAUUUAGCAAUAAGUGCGCCCCGAUUUCGUUGCAUUUGCUGCACAUUUUUCGUUUGUGUGCUUCUCUGUUUUUAUUGUUUUGCCGUUAAACUGACUUUUGUGCCAGUGAAAUUGGAUCUCUCAGAAGGAUUCUUUCUGUCGUCGAGAGAGAGUGUUGCUGAGGAAAGCAAAGUGUGACCUUCUCCAGAGCAUUUCUUGGGGAAUUUUCCCUCCGGGAAAAAGAAGGAAUCAUUCGACUAACAUUUGCUCAAUAAUUUAACUACAGUGUCAGCUUAUAUUGGCGAUGCUCAAAGAAGCGAAACACGACGCGGUGUUUGACUAACUGAUCAUUCUCUCAAUUGGUCGCCAGAGUGAGAGGGAGAGAAAAUUGAUUGACUCUUUAUCUGUGCUGCACAAAUUGCAUAAUAGAUUUUAGACUUAAUGAUCUUCUCAUGAUCGCUGGCUCGAUUGAGCUGAGAGCGCUUGGGCGGUGACUUCACGGAAAAAACCUACCUCAACAGUCGUUCGUGUGGCUAAGAAAGUGAUUCUGGGAAAUUUCACGAAACCCAAGAAGACCGGAUGGUGAUCUCAGAGCAGUUUGGAGAUCACAAACCUAAUCAAAUCAUUCCCUCGCAGUCGAUGAUCUCCAGCAUAUUUGUUUAUUCCUCCAACAAUUGUCCAGCGCUGCGUGUCUUUCGGACUGGCAGCAAAAGAGAACAGUUUGUGUGAUAAUUAGAAAUAUAUUUCGUGUAAUCUUCCCUCUUCGUCAAUAAAUUUGUUGACUGAUGAGCGAGAUCGUUUGCCAGUGAAGUGAUAAGUGUUGUUGAGACGAGGCGUGUUACAAGGAGAGAAGAAAACAACUUUUUCAUAUAAUAGGAGGAAAAAAGAGCAAAGAAAAAGACACAUGACACAAUUUUUUCCUUCAUUUUUCAAUCUAUUUUUGAGGGCAUCAGCAGCACAAUGUGAAUGAACAGUUUUCUGCUCGAAAAAGGCCUUUUUCUUUUAAAUUCCAUGAUCCUCGCGAGGAAGUGAAGUGUUUUCUUGAGAGGAACAAUUUGUGUGUGUAAUUUGUGCAAGAGGAAGAAACAACGAUGGCAUUACUGAAGAAGGACGGAAAGGAGAGUCUGGAUCUGUCGCCGAAGAUCCUCAAGAUGGACUCACCGCUGACGCCCAAGGUUGCCGGCUCACAGGACACCGGAUGGGGUUAUCAAAAUACUCUGAUGUACGGUCGCUACACGAAAGAUCUAGGCGAGUAUGCAAAAGAUGAAGCGAGAAGACUUAAAUUGCUCGAACGACGACGGAAGCAGGAGGACAAAGCACGAAACAAGGAACUCCUCGGCCAUCGUGAGAGUCGCUGCUUCAGGAUCAUGUCGUGGAUUUGGCGUCACUCUGUUGCCAGGAUGGGCGAGGACUGGAUAUUUCUGGCACUAUUGGGUGUCAUAAUGGCUCUAAUCUCAUAUGUGAUGGACAAGGGAAUUUCCAUGUGCACAAAUGCUCGCGUUUGGCUCUAUCGCGAUCUCACAUCUCAGCCUGUGGCUCAGUAUUUCGCCUGGGUCUCCCUUCCAGUGUCUCUCAUCCUCUUCUCCGCUGGCUUCGUGCACCUCAUCGCGCCCCAAAGCAUCGGCUCUGGCAUCCCUGAGAUGAAGACAAUCCUCCGCGGUGUCGCGCUCAAGGAAUACCUCACGUUCAAGACGCUCGUGGCGAAGAUCGUCGGACUCACGGCCACACUGGGCAGUGGAAUGCCGCUGGGGAAAGAAGGUCCCUUUGUCCACAUUGCCAGUAUUGUGGCGCAGCUGCUCAGCAAGUUGGUCACAUCCUUCCAAGGCAUUUAUGAGAAUGAAUCCAGGAACUCUGAGAUGCUCGCUGCGGCCUGUGCCGUGGGAGUGGGCGCCUGCUUCGCAGCUCCAGUUGGAGGUGUGCUUUUCAGUAUUGAAGUAACAACGACGUACUUUGCCGUGAGGAAUUACUGGCGAGGAUUCUUUGCUGCAGUGUGUGGAGCCACGGUGUUCCGAUUGCUGGCCGUGUGGUUCCAGAAAGCGGACACUGUGACGGCUCUCUUUGCCACAAAUUUCACCAUGGACUUCCCCUUUGAUCCUCAGGAGCUCUUUGUAUUUGCCUUGAUAGGAGUGGUCAGUGGCUUGGGAGGAGCUCUGUAUGUGUGGGUUCACAGGAAAUACGUCCUUUUUAUGCGCUCCAACAAGAGGAUCAACAAAUUCCUUCAGAAGAAUCGCUUCCUUUAUCCGGGAAUAUUGGCCCUGAUGGUGUCCACGAUCUCCUUCCCACUCGGAUUGGGGCAGUUCAUUGCCGGAGAGUUGAGCACGCACGAGCAGGUGUUGCAGCUCUUCACCAACUUCACGUGGACAAAGCCCGAGCUCACGGUUGAGCAGGCGGCUAUCGUGAAACAUUGGACCACAUCUUACACGAAUGUCUUUGUCAAUCUCACCAUUUACACACUCUUCACGUUCUUCUUCUCCAUCAUCGCAUCGACAAUCCCAGUGCCUUCGGGAAUCUUCAUCCCAGUGUUCAAGAUCGGCGCCGCAAUUGGGCGUCUCGUGGGCGAAGGCAUUCAUCUGUGGUUCCCCAACGGCGUGCGAUACGGUGGGAAGUUGUCCCCCAUCAUCCCCGGCGGCUAUGCCGUGGUGGGCGCCGCGGGAUUCGCCGGAGCUGUGACGCACACGGUGUCCGUGGGCGUGAUUGUGUUCGAGAUGACUGGGCAGAUCACACACUUGGUGCCUGUGAUGAUCGCCUCGCUGAUCUCCAAUGCCAUAGCGGCCCUCCUGCAGCCCUCCAUGUACGACAGCAUCAUCCUGAUCAAGAAACUUCCCUACCUGCCGGAUCUGCUGCCCUCCAGCUCCGGCAUGUACAGCAUCCACGUGGAGAACUUCAUGGUGCGCGAGGUGAAGUACAUUUGGCAGGGCAUUACGUAUCAGGAGCUCAAGGAGGUGCUGAAAGCCAACAAAACCCUCAGAGGCUUUCCCCUGGUGGACGAUCCAGAGAAUAUGAUCCUCCUGGGCUCGGUGCAGCGCUUCGAGCUGAUAAAAAUGAUUGACAAGCACAUUGGGCGCGACAAGAGACUCGAGGUGGCGGCGAAGUGGCAGAAGGAGGCCCAGGAGCGUGCCAGGGAGGAGCAGGAGCGUCUGCAGCGUGAGGAGAGUGAGCGACAGCGUCGUCCAUCCAGGUUCGAAGUGAUGCCGGCCCCGGACAUUCUAACACUGCGCCAAAUUGCCAACAAUGAGAUGCUGCCGCCACAAGCGAAGAAGGUGCAGGCACUGAAUCAUCCAGUGCUGGGAUCACAGCCCAAGAAGUCCAUCCUGAAGAAGACCAACUCCUUCAAUCUCAAGGGAUUCUCACCGAUCUCCCCCCACAGUCCCGUCGCCACGCCGUAUUCCACCAUCACGGGCACAGAGAGUCGCCUCAGGUCGGCUUUCGAGAUCAUCUUCAGGAAGUCAGCCACGCUGGCCGAUGUGCAGCCCGAUCCCGAGGUGGGCUCCAUCGGAUCGCCCAGCAUUGGACCGGAUUCGGCGCCGCUGAGUCCCAGUAUCUCGAAGAAGGUGCAAUUGCCGCGCGAGCGAGUGUGCGACAUGUCGCCGGAGGAUCAGAAGAUCUGGGAGAUGGAGGAGAUGGCGAAGCCUAUUGAUCUCGCGGGCGCCAAUGUGCACAUCGAUCCGGCGCCCUUCCAGCUCGUCGAGCGGACGUCGCUGCUCAAGGUGCACUCGCUGUUCUCCAUGGUGGGCAUCAAUCAUGCCUAUGUGACGAAGAUUGGGAAACUGGUGGGCGUCGUUGGGCUGAAGGAGCUUCGACAAGCCAUUGAGGAUGUCAACAGCGGCGGGAGUCUGACGAAGCCAAAUCCUGAGGAGGAGCCCGCUCCGAUGCCCUUGACGCCGCUGACGCCUCAGGAAGAGCCACUGUUGCAGAAGAGCAACGCCAAUGUGAACAACACUGUGUCUUCGAUGGAUUCCGCCCUGUCCAACUCCGACAAUUGCUCAGACAUUGAGCUGGACAACAUUGGCAAUGGCGAGGCGAAGAAGAGGGUGGACUAGAGAGUGUGCCAAAAGUUGUGAAAUUGCGGACUUGUGAUUGUGUUAUGUUAUUUAAUUAUUUUAUUUUAAUUUUACUAAACAAAAAUUGUCCAUAAAAUAGAAGAAAAAAAAACCUGAUAAGAGAUGCGCAGUGAGAAUAUUUUAAUCCCCCAUUUUUCGUGUCUGGCGAUUUUAGUUAUUAUGUCCAAUUUUUCUUUUAAUUUCUGUUUUUUGUAAGAGAGAAUCAAAAGACAAUUCUAAUGUGCUUUAAAUGAAGAUUAUUUUUAUAGGAAGUUGUGAGAUAUAUGAAAGUAUUUUUUGCAAUAUUUUAACUCUUUGAUAUUCUUCCUCAGAGCGCGCGCGUGCGCCAAUCGAAUGGACAAAAAUUAAGAGAAAAACAAUUAUAAAGCGAGAGAUGAAAGAAGAAUCAUUUAAAUGGUAUGCCAAAUAAAAGACAUUUUGAUAAACCAUACAAGAAA